AUGGCGGGAUGGGCUGCUGAUGCCCAGCUCUUCGCCCGUCAACUCGCCCUCGGGUGGCGGAGGAGGAAGGGGAGGUGCAGGGGCAGCACGACGGGGUCAGGUCCUGCAGCCAGUCCAGGGGGCCCUGCCGGAGGAUGCUGUGAUGGAGGACGUAUUCUAGGCACGAACCCUCACACAGGUCAGCCCGUCUGCUCGUGCCAGUACAGCCCUGGGCUCCUGACCUAUUCCCGGGUGGCUGCUGGCCUUACCGAGUCGGUCUACCCCGGGUCUCCUUAUGCCACACGGUAUGUCCCUUUGGGAACAGACCCGUCAGCAUUUUAUCCACCCUUGACUUCGCCGUACGAUCUGAAAGAAGCUGGAGAGACUUGGCGAGGAAUCACUCAGCCCACAGCCUGUUACCCUUAUGACCCCACUGCCAUGACAACGUACCCAUACACCAACGCCUACGGUGCCAUGGACAUCAACAGCGCUGCCAGAAGAAAAAACGCCACCCGAGAAAACACCAACACCCUGAAAGCCUGGCUCUACGAGCACCGCAAGAACCCGUACCCGACGAAAGGCGAGAAGAUCAUGCUGGCCAUCAUCAAAAUGACCCUGACCCAGGUGUCCACGUGGUUCGCCAACGCCCGUCGUCGUCUGAAGAAGGAGAACAAGAUGACCUGGUCACCCAGGAACCGCAGCGGAGACGCGGAUGGCGACGGCGAGGGCGAUGAUGAUGAUGAAGAUGAUGCCAAAAGUAAAGAUGGAGAUGAGAGCAACGAGAAAGGCGAUCAGAAGGCGAGAGAAAAAGAGGAGGUGGAGUCAUCCUGCAAAGAGAAGAAAGAUACUUGCUCUCUAGUCCCAUCGCAGACCGGCGACAACAUUGUGCACGCUAAGCGACUCUUUGAAGAAGAUGCCCACUCUCCGGUUGGCAGCCGCAGCCUGUCUGGUCAUCGUCACAACCACCAACCACCACCUCCUCCACCGCCGCCGCCACCACCACCACAACAACAACAACAAGCGGGGGUCCUGCAUCACGGCCAGCAACACUCCCCGCACGACGGCGGCAACUUUCUGAACAUCACUGGCUCCUCUUCUGCGCAGCCUUACCCGGGAAUGACGCCCCCUGAGGCCGUGGGACUGACGUCCCCUUUGGACAGCAAGCGGCCAGAUUCUUUGUGUUCAAACAGCAAUGACUCAGGACUCAGUGACGUGAAUUGCAACUUCGCAGCGGAAGCCCAGGCUGCGGCGGCUGGUUUGGACGCAUCAGGUGGCUUCCGGCCCAAAAUAUGGUCCUUGGCGCACGUGGCCACCUCCGACAACGCUUCGUCCCCUUACCUCGCCUCGGUUUCUGUCGCCACUUCCGCUUCCGGCUCGCGGUCCAGCUCGGCUGGGUUGGGGUCACGGGGUUCUUCCGGUCUGGACAACGCCUCUAAAUCUCUGUCGUCACUUCCUCCCAGCAUGCAGUCUUGGGGAGGAGGCACUCUUUACGGAGGCUCCGCCUCCCGCCCAGGAGCAUUUGGCAUGAACAUGAACAUGAAUAUGAACAAUCACCACAAAGUACCUGCCAUGGCUGCCCCGAUGUUCUCUCACCCGCUGUCCGGCAUGUCUUCUGGCUUGGGUUCCUCGACAAGUGGUUAUUCACAGAUUUCGUCGUUAUACCCUCACUCAAAGCUCGCUGUCGAUUGAUAACGGGAAUAUAAAGUAUGUCCCGUCUCCUGAACGUGUGUUGUCUUGUGACAGACAGCCAAUGCCAUUCUUUCCUGUACAGUUGAGGCAUGAUGUGUGUGUUAGAAUUUGCCGAAAAAACCCCACACAUUAUAAAUUCUCCUGUGUGAAACAAAGGCUCCAAGAGAUAAGAACUUACUUGACAAGUAUAUUUCGAACUUAAAUACACCUAGUUCUGCAUUUGAACGAACCCUUGCCUGCUUUAUUUCGCGUUCAUAUCUUUCUGGUGAUGUCUUAGAUGGAAGUGAAGAGUUAGCAGUGGUCCUCAGAAGACUUGGAUCUUGCAGGACUGCCUCAGCUUAUUUCGUGAUAUUUUUUUUUUCUCUGUUGAGAAGAAUUUGUAGACCAUAGUCUAAAGAACAGAUGUUGAAGUGUGAUACACGAGAGACAAUGGCGUCUGGAAGAAAAUAAUACGAGCAAGCAAUAAGGUAAUACGUAAAAAUACGUAACAUAUGUAAUGAUGCGUGAUAAUGCGCAAAUACGUAAAUGUACGUAACAAUACGUGAUACUCCAUAAGGAUUUGUAAUAAUGUAAUGUUUUCACAUUAUGAUUUGACAAGACGAGAACUACUUCCGCUGAUGUGUGUUGAACUUGCUACAUAGCGCCGAGUGCUUUGUACGAACGCCUGUCAGCGUGUAUCUCGACUGUAACGCCCCCUUGCAUGUACGUCACUUCCGUUAGUUCCCUUGGGAGCCUAACGCAUUAUUCUACCAGCUCUGGUGUUCACGAUGUGUUCAUGUGUUCAUUUAGUGCACCAUGUGCUCACACCACUUAACUUUUCUAAGUUACGUGGAUGAUUUCUUUUUUUCUCUCCCCUUCUCUAACCCACCCUACCCUACCCUACCCCACCUCUUUACACUCGGGGUCCCACAGGGUUAUACCCGAGGUCAUUUGUGAGACAGUUUUCUUCAGAACUAGUCAAUGUGCAUUCGUGCUGUGAAUUUUAUCUGCAGGUUUGCAAUGAAGUUUUAGUUUCUUUUUUUUCCUUUCAUUUUGUUGCUGGUAUUUUUGUUUUGCAAUUUUCUGCAGUAUUGGAUUUAUGUUUGAUUUACUCUGCGAGCUGCUAGUUUGCCAGAAAAGAUUAAAAAUGUAUGCACUACUCAGCUUAUCAUGUGUUUUAACUUAAAAAGAAAACUAUCUGGAAGGAGAGAGACCUCACGAAAAGUUUCUGAAACUUUGAUUCUUUUUGUUUUUGUUUGUUGUUGUUCUUUGUUUCGUUUUCCGUUCUCUUGUAGUUCACAUGGAUCCUACUUCUUAUGUGUACACGGGGACAUAAUCUCAGUAUAGUACAAAUAUUUAAAAUUCUACAAAUAAAAACAAAUUUUCAUGUUCUACAAAUAUUUAAAAUUAUUUAAACAUUUUUGUCAGGUGUCGGUGACGAGAUGUUAGACACACAAGGAUACGAACUAGAAGUCAGCAAGGCAACAGAAAUGAAAGGGGGUCUGAAAUUUCACAAUUCUUCGUGAGUGUCAAAGUUUCUGUGAGUCUGCUACUUUUCGUAGUUCAAUGAGAAGAAGUCAAAUUUUCAAAAAAUUUUGCUUUUGAGAAGCUUUUAUGAAAACGGAUUAUUGACUAGUUGAUAAGGACCUGGAAAAAGAGACAAGAACAUGGGUGUGCAUAACUGUUUGGAGAGUCUGUGAGAAGGGUUUAAAAAAUGCUGAAAGAUUACCGCCGAAUAAAAUCUUCCCUUAUCCGUCAAUCCAUCCACCACUUUCCCAUUUCUUUGUCUCUGUCUCUCUAUCACUUGUUUAUCUCUUUGAGCUUUUUUCUCUUUCCCUAGAGAAUCGUUUGUGUCUCCCGAGAUCAAAUAAUUUCAACCUGUCACUUCUUUGAUGGAUUAUUUUGAUAUUCGAUUGAUGUAAAAGAUACAUGGCAACCACUAGCUACAUGGGUUUUCUUUUUCGCCGCAAAUCAAAAGGUUACAGAGACAUUCUCACUCCGAGGUGCUUCGUUGACACUCAAAACAAGAUUUCGACCUGCGCUGGCUGUAAUAUGCACUUUUAUUUCCAUUUAUAAUGCACUUUGCUGUAACAGAGAUGGCUUGAUAUCUUGAGCACUUGGCUGCUGCCGAAAGCCUGUUUAAGGUGAGUUUACAAUGAGUUUGUGCACGUGACUUAACAUCAUGAUACUCGGAAGUCUUCAUCUUCCAAACUUCUUCACCGUCGAGUGAAGAAUAAGUCAUGGACAUCUCUGAAGUUCUGCGGAAGUUGCUCGUAAUACUGCCCUGUCUUUUUUGUUUGUCUUUAUUUUGUCUUCGAAAGAACCUGGUGCCAGCACAGGACCUUUGGAGAGAGUGGAAGGUGCAAAAUGUCCCAUCUACUGGUGUCUUAGAGGAAUUUGUUCAGGUGUGUACUUAUUUCAGUUUCUCGUGUUCUGCAGUGUCGAUACAAAAACCCAAUGUUGAUUGCUUGAAGGUCUAACAGUGCAAUAAAUGGUUUUAAAUUGACUUGGCUCUCAGUACAAGAUAUUGUUGUCCAACAUUUCAAUAAAUAAUCCUUUUUUGUUCUCUCAAUGCAUGAACAUCACAUUGAACAAAAAGAGUUGAGAGGUUUUCCCCUUACAAAUGUUCCUGAAUACAUUUGUUUUGUCCGAGAUACAGUCAAAGGGAAUGCUGGCAACAUAUACUAACCACCUACCCCCAUUUUAAUGCUUGUAGGCUUGUUUCCCAAGGACAUAAGGGUGUUAUCAAUCUGGAUUCCGAGAAAUGAUAUUUUGUACUGAGUUUACCUAAGCCAGAGGAAAAAAUGAAUUGUUAAACUCUGAUAGGCCUUCAAAGUCCCAUUCAUUUUUUUUUCAAAAUCUGUGUAGACAAGAAUACAGGGAACUCUGCAUUGUAAACAAAAAAUAAACUUCGUUACAUCACUGUGA